AUGUCCGACAAACCGCAAUCAUCUGCGGCCGCAGCUCGACCAUCAUGGAACAAAGACGAAUGGGAAGCGAAAGCUAAGGCUAAGGAUGAGGAGAAUGCAGAGUACGCGAAAUCUGCCGAGGCAGCUUUGUUAUCUGGUAAAGCACCUCCUCGUAGGAGGCUAGGCGAUGAUAUGCCUAAACCUACGAAAAACCUGGAAGCGAGAAAAGAUGAUUUGGAUCUGAAUAAAAAUCUAAAUAAGACGAUGUUGGUGCAGACUACUACCAGUGGAAAAGGACCGAGAGGAGCAGGAUUCUAUUGUGAGAUGUGUAAUCGUACAUUCAAGGACACUUUAUCAUACCUAGAUCACGUCAAUGGACGAGGGCAUCUACGUAUGCUGGGUCAAACAACUCAAGUGGAGCGAUCUACUUUGACUCAAGUUCGAGCGAAGAUAGCUGCUUUGCGAGAAGCCACCAAGUCCGCCGUGACAGCCAAGAAUUUCGAUUUCCAAGCUCGUCUCAAAGCUGUUCGAGAAGCAGAAUCUAUAGAAAAGGAGAAAAGGCGUGAAGAUAGGAAGAGGAAGAGAGAAAAGAAGAGGGAAGAAGAGGAAUUGCAAAGAAUGGGGAUAUUCAGGAAUAACGGUGAUCGAGAUACAGAGCAGGGAGAUAAGAGUACGGGUAAAGAAGCGAAGAAGAGAAGAAAGUUGGAAAAUAGAGAAGAUAGGGAAGUGGAAGCUGCUAUCAAAGAAAGAGAGGAUAUGGCUAGUAUGAUGGGUUUUGGUGGAUUUGGCGGUACGAAGAAGCGAUAA